GCACUGCCUUGGCUGGUCCAUUGCUGCUAUUGCGUUGCAAAAAAAAUUCUGACUAGGUAGCUUUGGGCCCUCUCUGUGGUAGAGAAUCCAAAGGAAAAGCUUUCUGCAGCCGAAGGGACAGUCUGGUAGUAUUACGUUUUUUGGUACUGAGGCUUCCCUGGCUCACCGGAGUUUGGCCAACGGGAUGAGGGAAGGGCCUUGAGAGUUGAGGGCCUUAAGGAUAAAACCAUUAGUUUCGGCGCUGGACGUUUUGAAAGGCGUCUCAGGUCCUGUCUUCUGCGUAGGUCUCUCUCCCGACUACUGGUUUAAACACGACCCCCGAACCAUUACUGACAAACCUUCGAAACCCGCAGCCCCUCCUUGGAGCGUGUGGGAGCCGCCAGCGUGCCCAGCAGCUAGUCUUCCUACCUCCAGAAGAGCCUAGCGCGUGCACCAUCCCCACCCCCUGGCCUCCCUCCCCUCCUGCGGCUUUCACGCACUCGCAGUGAUUGUUUUGCCCGCUGCCGCCGCCGCUGCCGCCGCCGCCGCCGCCGCCAGAGGACCAGCGGCGCUUGUGCAAACCGGGAAGAUGGCGGCCGGCGGCGGCGGAGGCAGCAGUAAGGCCUCCUCCUCGUCGGCCUCGUCCGCAGGGGCCCUGGAGUCCUCGUUGGAUCGAAAGUUCCAGUCGGUGACCAACACCAUGGAAUCCAUUCAAGGCUUGUCGUCCUGGUGUAUAGAGAACAAGAAACACCACAGUACAAUCGUCUACCAUUGGAUGAAGUGGCUCCGGAGAUCUACAUAUCCCCACCGUCUGAAUCUCUUUUACCUUGCCAAUGACGUCAUACAGAAUUGUAAAAGGAAAAAUGCAAUCAUAUUCCGUGAAUCGUUUGCUGAUGUGCUUCCCGAAGCGGCUGCUCUGGUGAAGGAUCCAUCUGUCUCUAAGUCAGUAGAGCGAAUCUUUAAAAUCUGGGAAGAUAGAAAUGUGUAUCCAGAAGACAUGAUUGUGGCAUUGAGAGAAGCAUUAAGUACCACUUUCAAAACUCAGAAGCAGCUGAAAGAAAAUCUGAACAAACAACCGAAUAAGCAGUGGAAGAAAUCACAAACAUCUACCAAUCCAAAAGCUGCUCUCAAAUCUAAGAUAGUUGCUGAGUUUCGGUCUCAGGCCCUCAUUGAAGAAUUGUUGAUGUACAAACGCUCAGAAGAUCAGAUAGAAUUGAAGGAGAAACAGUUGUCAACUAUGAGAGUGGAUGUUUGCAGCACAGAAACUCUCAAGUGUUUAAAAGAUAAAACAGGGGGAAAGAAGUUCUCCAAAGAGUUUGAAGAAGCAAGUUCAAAACUAGAGGAGUUUGUGAAUGGGUUAGAUAAACAGGUGAAACAUGGGCCCUCAUUAACAGAAGCACUGGAAAAUGCUGGAAUUUUCUAUGAAGCACAGUACAAGGAAGUGAAAGUGGUGGCCAAUGCUUACAAAACCUUCGCUAAUCGAGUAAACAACUUGAAGAAGAAGUUGGAUCAAUUGAAGUCAACCCUUCCUGACCCUGAGGAAUCACCAGUCCCUUCUCCAAGUAUGGAUGCUCCUUCCCCAACUGGUUCUGAGUCUCCAUUUCAGGGGAUGGGAGGUGAGGAAUCCCAGUCACCAACCAUGGAGAGUGACAAGUCUGUCACACCUGAGCCUGUGACAGAUAACCGUGAUGUGGAAGACAUGGAGCUCUCAGAUGUGGAAGACGAUGGAGCAAAAAUCAUUGUGGAGGACAGGAAAGAAAAACCCCUGGAAAAACCAGCUGUCUCCAGUUCUGUACCCACAAAGUCAACAGAAAGUGUCUCAAAGGCCUCACCUUGUGCCCCAGCACCUGUGCCCACGACAGCAGCUCCACCUCUUCCAAAGCCCAUGAACACUUCUCUUCUGUCCCCCUCCCCAGCUUUGGUUUUACCAAACUUGGCAAAUGUGGAUCUGGCAAAAAUCAGUUCUAUCCUUAGCAGCUUAACAUCAGUCAUGAAAAACACGGGGGUCAGUUCUGCGUCAAGACCUUCUCCAGGAACGCCUACGAGUCCCAGCAACCUCGCCAGUGGCCUGAAAACACCUGCACCUGCCACAACACCAUCUCACAACCCUCUGGCAAAUAUCCUCUCAAAGGUGGAGAUCACCCCAGAGAGCAUUCUCUCUGCUCUUUCUAAAACCCAGACACAGUCAGCCCCUGCACUCCAAGGCCUGUCAUCUUUACUUCAGAGUGUUACUGGGAACCCAGUGACAGCCAGUGAAGCUACAUCCCAGAGCUCUACAGCCUCCCCUGCCAGCACCACAGGCUCUGCCAUGAAGGGGAGAAAUGUACUCUCCAAAAGCUUCAGCUAUUCUCCUAAUUCUUCAACUGCUGAAGUCUCUUCGACUUCAGCAGGCAAAGCAUCAGUUGGGCAAAGUCCCGUGCUCCCAAGCACUACUUUUAAAUUACCAUCCAGUUCUUUAGGAUUCACAGGUACCCACAAUACUAGCCCUGCCGCCCCACCUACUGAAGUUGCCAUGUGUCAGUCCUCAGAGGUCUCCAAGCCAAAGCUGGAAUCAGAGUCCACUUCCCCAAGCCUGGAAAUGAAGAUCCACAACUUCUUAAAAGGUAACCCUGGUUUCAGUGGGUUAAACUUAAACAUCCCAAUCCUGAGCAGCUUGGGAUCCAGUGCCCCAUCAGAGAGCCACUCCUCAGAUUUCCAGCGUGGUCCUACUAGCACUUCAGCUGACAACACUGAUGGAACCCCUGUCCGGGAUGAACGCAGUGGGACACCCACUCAGGAUGAGAUGAUGGACAAGCCCACAUCCAGCAGUGUAGACACUAUGUCCCUGCUAUCUAAGAUCAUCAGUCCGGGUUCUUCAACACCAAGCAGUACAAGAUCUCCACCCCCUGGAAGAGAUGAAAGCUACUCCCAAGAGCUCCCCAAUUCUGUGUCUGCGUAUCGGCCCUUCAGCCUGGCCAGUGAUGCUCCCUACAAGCAGCCAUCUGAGGGAGUAGAGAGACCGUCUUCCCUGAUGGACUCUUCACAGGAAAAGUUCUUCCCUGACACUUCUUUCCAGGAAGAUGAGGAUUACCGAGAUUUUGAAUAUUCAGGACCUCCGCCCUCUGCUGUGAUGAACCUAGAGAAGAAACCAGCCAAAUCCAUCCUCAAGUCAAGCAAGCUUUCUGACACCACCGAUUUCCAGCCAAUUAUGUCCAGUUAUAACCACAGGGCCCAAGAGUUUGGGGUAAAGUCUGCCUUCCCUCCAUCUGUAAGGGCACUCCUAGACUCUAGUGAGAACUGUGACCAUCUCUCAUCUCCCCCUGGGCUAUUUGGUGCCUUCAGUAUAAGAGGGAAUGAACCUGGGUCUGACCGGUCACCGUCACCGUGUAAGAAUGAUUCAUUUUUCGCCCCUGACUCCAACCACAGUAGCUUGUCCCAGUCUACCACUGGGCAUCUCACUUUGCCACAGAAGCAGUACCCAGACUCUGCUCACUCAGUCCCACAUCGCUCCCUUUUCUCUUCGCAGAAUACUCUUGCCGCUCCAACGGGCCACCCACCCACUUCAGGCAUGGAGAAAGUUCUGGCCUCCACGAUUUCUACCACAUCGACGAUUGAGUUUAAGAAUAUGCUUAAAAAUGCCUCUCGCAAACCCUCAGAUGACAAGCAUUUUGGCCAGACCCCCAACAAGGGUACUUCAAGUGAUGGUGUCAGUCUGUCAAACCUUACCCAGCCCAGCUUGCCUACCACUGAACAGCAACAGGAAGAACACUAUCGCAUAGAAACCCGAGUCUCUUCCUCCUGUUUAGACUUACCUGAUAGCACAGAAGAAAAGGGGGCCCCCAUAGAAACUCUGGGUUAUCAUAAUGCAGCCAAUAGGAGGAUGCCAGGGGAGCCGAUACAGACUGUAGAGUCCAUACGAGUCCCUGGGAAGGGAAAUAGAGGACAUGGGCGGGAGGUUUCAAGAGUAGGUUGGUUUGAUCUGAGCACAACAGGCAGCUCUUUUGACAAUGGUCCCUCGAGUGCCUCUGAGUUGGCAUCCCUUGGGGGUGGGAGCAGCGGAGGCCUCACUGGCUUUAAGACAACGCCAUACAAGGAACGGGCGCCCCAGUUUCAGGAGAGUGUCGCCAGCUUUCGUCCCAGCAGUUUCAACUCAACAUUUGAGCACCAUCUCCCCCCAUCCCCCUUGGAACAUGGGACACCCUUUCAAAGAGAGCCAGUGGGGCCGUCAUCUGCCCCACCCGUCCCUCCUAAGGAUCAUGGUGGCAUCUUCUCUCGAGAGGCGCCCACUCAUCUGCCCUCUGUGGAUCUUUCGAACCCCUUUACAAAGGAGGCAUCUCUGGCCCACGCUGCCCCACCACCUGCUCCAGGAGAGCACAGCGGAGUUCCUUUCCCGCCCCCGCCCCCGCCCCCGCCCCCUGGGGAACUUAGCAGCAGCGGAGGGACUGGUGUUCCCUUUGCUACUCCGCCCCCUCCCCCUCCCCCUGUUGACCACUCUGGGGUUGUACCUUUCCCAACUCCACCACUGCCAGAGCAUGGAGUGACUGGGCCUGUGGCAGUUUUUCCCAAGGACCAUAGUUCCCUCCUUCAAGGGACCCUGGCUGAGCAUUUUGGGGUCCUCACAGGACCCAGGGACCUCAAUGGCCCUGGUCUUAGCCGUGCACGAGAGAGCCUGAGCCUGCCUUCCCACCCUCUGGAGCACCUAGGCCCUGCCCUUGGAGGAGGUGGGGGAGGCAACACCAGCAGCAGUGGCCUUCCCUUGGGUCCUGCACACAGAGACGCCAUCAGCCGGAGUGGUAUGAUUUUACGGAGUCCCCGGCCAGACUUUCGGCCUAGGGAAGCUUUUCUCGGCAGAGACCCAUUCCACAGUUUAAAGAGACCCAGGCCACCUUUUGUUAGAGGCCCUCCGUUCUUUGCACCAAAACGCCCAUUCUUCCCUCCCAGGUACUGAUGGAAAUCAGGGAAAGGCAUUUUGAACAGUCUAGAGAACAUUGGAAGUAACAGUUUGGUUUCUUGUUUUUGUUUCCUCUCUUGACCUUUUUUUUUUGUUUGUUUGUUUUCUUAAUGAGGGCCUCCCUUACAAAUUCAAAACAUAUACAUGAUAACAAUUUACUAUUUUCCACUCCUCUCUGCACUUAGGACCUUUCUUUCCCAAGUUGUUUGUAUUUUUCUUUUCUUUUUUUCUUUUUCUUUUUUUUUUUUUUUUGUUUUUGUUUCUUUAAAAAAAAAAAAAAAGUAAACAUAACCAAAGCCAUUUCAUUUGGCUGGGGGUUUCUUUCGGGAGUUGGGAGGAAAACAAUAUUUAAUCCAUCUAUUGGACAGAUAACUCACAUUUGAAAUAAAACUUCGGUCAGUACAGGUAAUAACAUGUGCAAUGUUGGGGUGUCAUUUGGGGCUUGGCCUUUCUAAUAAUAGCGGGAGGAUCCCUGUCUGCUUCCCUCUCCAGCAAAGCAACUUCAAUGACUGGCUUGGCUCCCUUCUUUGAAUUCUCUGCCCUGCUGAAGGCCAAGAGGUGUUUGCAAAAGGACAAAAUGUGGGCAGUUUUGGGCCUGCCAGGUGUAUUUGCUUUAUUCUAAAGACAUGUUGAAACAGUUCUUUAUCUUUUGUUUUUUUCAGCAUCCUCUGAACUAUUACCAAGCAAUGAAUCUGAGGCAGUACCAACUUCAUUGUAUAUUGUAGAAAGUUUUCUCUUGCUGGGUGUGGUGGCACACACCCACAACCCCAGUGCUGAGAGGCAGGGACAAGACAGCGGCAAGUUUGAAGUCAGCUUGAGGUACAUAGUAGAACUUUGUCCCCAAAAGAAAGAAAAAAGUCUCCUCUAAAUGAACAAAAGGGCUGAAUAUAAUUUCAAUAUUAAAAUUAGGAAUGAUCACAGUAUGUAAAGCUAGGGGAGGGAUCAUUAAAUGGUGCUAUGUGACCCACUACCCUUUGUAAACAAGGAAAUAGGAAGAAUUUGGAUAGUUCCAAGCCCUUUCCCCAUUGGUUUCCCUGAAUUUUCUCCCUCAGUUGUUUAUUCUGACUACAUUAUUAAACAGGUGUAGGUCAAAUAUCCUUGCCUUCUUAAAUGUAUAAGUAGACACACAUUUUACUGUGGUGCCUCACUGGUGGUUUUCUGCAAACAUUAACUAUUAGAGAAAGGGAAAUAUUUAUCUUUAGCAUUUCCCCCUUCUAAGUCCUGUAUUCACCCCUGCUGUUAUGUUUCAGAGGAGAAGAGCGGUACUCUUACAUGCUACUCUGUAGGUGUGUCUUAGAGACAGGUGGGUAUUGUUGGCCAUCUUUACAUAGAAAGUGGGUCCUCAUGAAACCAAGUUGGCCCUCAGCAGAUAGGAAGCAACUUGAUCUUUUCAGUGCCCACCUCUCCCCCCCACCCUUGUCAGCUAAUAAGACAUUUUGCCUGGGUCAUUGCUGUGGAGGGGAGAGCUUUCUUCCCUGCAUUAAAAGGUUUGUUUGUGUUUCUGCAUCUGAUACUUGGGGAAAAGACAAUCACUGUGCUUGGAGUGCUUUAUUCUUUAUCUGGGGAGCAAAUACUGCUUACUACAAUUUCUGUUGGUAUUUUGCACCACGGUAAACACUGAUGAUCUCCAGGUAGGUGUGUAAAACAAUGUGUUGAGCUUUUAAAGGAAUUUUAGCAAGUUAGGAUAGAACAUAAGGAAGUAAAGGAGCGUUUGAAUUUCUUAGUGGGGUAGGAAGAUGGAGGGAAGGAAGUGCAGCACGCGGUUGAAGACAGUCCUUUAUCUCAGAACAAACCACUUUUCAGAAGAAAAGCUGUCCAACCUAAUCCGGGAUCUGUGUUCUCUUUAAGCGUGCAGCAAGACAGCAUCCUCAUUCACAUUCCCGUUUUGAGCCAGUUCCUCUUUUCCUUUCUCAAGCCUCUCUGCCCUGUAGUUCUUCCCACAAAAAUGCCUGAUACCAUGUGACCUUGUGGAGGGGAUUGGGUAUAUAGCAUAGCAAAGCAAAGGAAGUAUAGUUAUAUUGAGUCUUAAGGCAUUUGUUUAGUAGAAAACUAUCAAACAGAAUGGGGGUGGGUGGGUGUCAGGGAAUUGUGACUUUCAGAAUUGAUCUCUUUUUUUCCAGAAAUUAAGUGGGGGUGUUUUUCAGUCUAGAAUAAAAGAAUGUGAAUUCUUCCUACCGCUCUUGUUUAAGCUAAACAUACUGUUUACUUGAAAAGGCUCUCUGACUAUUUGAUUUUCUGAGAAAAUAUGGGAGUAUCAGGAAUGUGGUUUCUGGAAUGUUGAGCAAGAUAAUUGUCCUCAAAAGCAUAGUGGCCAAUCCGUGACCCGAGUCCUUUUGUCCAGUUCAAGGGUGGAAUAUGUGGGGGUUGGGUUUUUGUGGGGUUUUGUUUUGUUUUGUUUUGUUUUUGCCACAAAAUCUUCAGUGUGUUUCAGGGUGGAAGUGAGGAUUGUAUUAUGCUGUCAGAUAUUUUAAGGAAAUCUGUCUACAAUAGUAACGAAGACAAUUGUAUAUAUGUGAUAUAGUGAAACAAAAGACAUUUCUGGUAUUCAUAAAGAUAAAACAAGGGAUUUUAUUCUUUCUGUGUCUGUGAUUUAAACUCCGUACCAUGCUCUGACUUUUGUAUUUCACCCUGAGUUUAAAAAAAAAAAAUAAAAAUAAACAAGAUAUUUUUUAAAGAAUGCACAAUAUAGUGUGUCUUAGCAAGGACAUGAGUCAUAUGAAGCAGAAUGAGUAGUUGUCACUAAGGUCCUUGGUGCUCAUUGUAAAACCACAGACAAAGAAUUCUUUGAAUAUGAUAGUACCACACAGAAUUCAAUGAUGCUAGACCAGAAAUAGGAUCCUUAAAGUUUUUCUGAGAGUUUAUUCUCCAUUCAGCAUAGAUGGGAGCUCUUCCCUGCACCUCUCUGCCCUCUCAGCAACUGAGGUCGACAGAACUUGGUUUGAUCCCUGGAGGGUGCUGUGAGCAGUGGAGGACCUUUCUCCUUUCUGGCACCAGAAACAACAUGAUACGUAUGGUACGGCCAGCCUAUCUAGACAAUGUGAAUAGGCUCAGCUUUCUUACUGCAGAAUAUUCACUCAGUCCUGUUGUUACCUGUUGAUGCAGUUAGGCUUCAGCUGUAUAUUACUGCUCCCUCCUCUCCACCUCCAUAUUUUUAAUUGGUGGGGUUACCUGUUAAGAUUUUUUUUUUAAGUAGAUAUGUUGGAUUGAUAUUCUCACGUGUUCAGUGUGGAAAACAAGUACAUGCUUUAGAGACGACAACAAAAACAAUGAAAUCCUUUUGGAAUGUGUAUUAAUAUCAUUUAAUAAAAUAACUAGUUCUAAA